CCAUGGAGACGGGCUGCCACACUGGAAGACAGAGGGUUUCCAUCCACCUCUCCCUCCUCAGAAAUUGCAGUUUAUGCGACUCGGAUCGUUCUGGCUUCGUCCUUGGUGCUGCUUUCCGUCGGUUCUUCUUCUGUAAGAAGACCCACGCCUUCGUCAGACUUCUCGCUAUCAGGAAAAAGUUGCUUUUGCUGAAGAGAUUAAGAUGGCGGGAGAGACAGACUGCGACUUGGAUAAGAAAACUUCUUUGACUUCAGAUGCAGAAAUGAGACCUGCUGAACCACCAGCUCCAUGCAUAAACCCUGGCAACCCCGUGUUUUCCUGUAUGUUGGACCCUAAGACAUUGCACACGUCCACCUCACUGUCCAAACCCCAGAUGAUUAUGUACAAGACCAAUGCCAGCCAGUACGGGGCCUUCUCACCCAGGCCCUACUUCCUGCCCUGUAAGUACCUGCCACAGGAGCAAAUGUUCACAGAGCACCUCAGAGCAACCGGCUUUUAUCAAAACAACAGCCUGAACAUUGGGCCUGACCGAACCAGAACUGUCGAUUCUCCUAAUUAUCAACACACACUGUGAAAUCCAUCCUUCUGACAGAGAAAAUGUCCUGAGGAUAUUAGUUUUUAAGUCUAGAAUACCUAAUUUUGAACAUUUGAAAUGUAAUAACUUUUAAUUAUAAAAAUACAAAUACAUUUUCUAAAAUUACUUUUAAGAAAUAAAAAAAUUAAGUUAGUGACAGUGA